AAACAAAAACAAAUGUUGCCUCCAAGUGCGGGUUAUUGAAAUUUAUUCCAAAGUUGAGUUGAAAGUAUCCAAGAAUAGUUUAUUUUGAAAAAUGGAGAGUUUAUUCAGCAUGUGGAAAGUGCGCGAAAUUGCGGACAAGGUAACGAAUGUUGUUAUGAACUAUACAGAAAUCGAGGCCAAAGUGAGGCAAGCGACCAACGACGAAGCAUGGGGCCCCACUGGGACUCUAAUGCAAGAACUCGCACAUGCCACAUUUACCCAUGAACUCUUUCCAGAACUCAUGUCUAUGCUUUGGAAAAGGAUGUUAAAUGAUAACAAGCAACAUUGGAGAAGAACUUACAAGGCUCUUUUGGUUUUGAACUACCUCAUUAAGAACGGUUCUGAACGUGUUGUCAGAUCAUCAAAGAAACAUUUAUGUGAUUUGAGAUCAUUGGAAAACUUCACAGCCAUGGACGAUAAUGGGAAAGAUCAGGGUCUAAACAUUAGGCAUAAAGUAAAAGAGUUGAUAGACUUUAUUCAAGACAAUGAUAGAUUACUGGAGGAGAGAAAAAAGGCUAAAAGGAAUAAAAAUAAAUAUGUGGGUAUGAGCUCUGAUUCUGAUAUGGCUGGAAUUGAUUUUGGCUCUACUUCAAAAAAAAUGGAUGAUAAACAAUUUAGUAAAAACAAUUCUGCCGAAACUAACUGGGAUAAGAAUUUCAAUAAAAAAAACAAAUCGAUUGAAGAAGAUGUUGGUUAUGUUAAUAGUAGUAAUGAUAAUCUCCCCAGAGUGAUAACUAAUAGUUCACAUACAGAUAAAGAUGAUGAAAAAGUAAAUUUGACCUUUAAUGCUUCACCAAACACAAUUCAGAAGCCAUUAAUAGAGAUUGAUUCAGCUGAUUGUGUCAGAGAUUCAAUACAAAAUCCCCUUCCAAAACUUCCAGAUGAUCUAUUUGAAGAUUUCAAUCCCAGAGCUGGUGAAAUAUUGGAAAUUGUUGAUAACGAGUUGAGCAGCAAAGGAGCUGAUGACUUUGGCAAUUUCAAUUCAGCAUUAUUAGGAACCAAACUUUCUCAAUCAAAUUUGCUCAUUUCCUCAAGUACAUCUCAAAAUAUUUCGUCAACUAGUGGAAAUUUGAUUGGAGAAUUUUCACGACCGCCUGCAAUCAUGCCAUUUAUUGAAAAUAGUGGAAAUGAUUUAUUGGGAGAUUUUAGUAAUUUAAAUUUACAACAUGCUGAACAUGCAAAAAAUAAUAACAUAUUAAACCAAGAAGGACUUUUGGACAAUUUUGAUGAUGGACAGACAACCAAAAAAGUCACUCUACAAAAAUCUUUGGAAGAAUUCACAGUGACCGCAAUAGAUAAGCUAAAGAAAAUUGGAAAAAUAACAUCUCAAGAAGAUAUAGACAAAAUACUACAAUAUUUGGAUGACCUUUUAAAAAAUUACCCGCAAAUAUUGAAUAUACAAAAACUACAAGGAUCAGAGGAGGUUUCCUAUAAACAUCUGGCAGAAAAUUCAUUUUCCACCCUAAUUGAAGUCAUAGUAGUUGAUCUAUUUGAUAGUAAUUUUCCAUUUCGUGAUGGCAAAAUCUACAAAAGUAUCAGAAACAUUUUUAGCAUUGAAGAUUCAGAUUUUUUCGAAGCAAUUUUGGAAGUGCUAGUCAAAAAUAUUAGGAAUAAGAAAAAUACCCAAGGCGCCAACGUUGCCGGAUGUCUUCAAGUUUUAUUUGAAUCAGAUGCUUUAUUUGCAUAUAUUGUUGCAAAUUGUUACUUAAUAACUGAAUCUAAUGAUAUUAUUUUUGAUAAUUGGUCUGGUAUGGUCAAUAUUAUAAUAUCUUUGCCCACUAGAGUUGCUAAUAAAUUGGAAAGAAAUGCUCCAAUUUUUCUUAGCAAUAAGCAAUUUUCCAAUUUGCUGUUUUAUAAUUUUCUUAAAGUUAUAGAAUUUUUAGCUUCUGAGGUUUAUGCUGAUUCUAAAGCACAAAAUAAUAUCCAUUUUGAUAAAUUGGCAAUAUUUUUAAGCAAUAUUAUUAUACAUUUCAAUGAAAAGACUAAUUGCGAUGGAAUUAUAGAUUUUGUCAAUAUUUUGGCACUAAUAACAAAUAAGCCAAGCCAAAAAUUGUAUUUGUAUCAAGGAAUAUUGCAGGAAGUUUUUCAAAUUCUUAACACAACUGCAAUAGAUAUUUUAGCAAAAAUUUGUUUGACAAGAAUCAAUCCUAAGCAAUAUUUAAUCACAAAUCUAUUGAGCAAAAAACUUAUAGAAAAUCCAAAUUGGCAAUAUAUUUUAUGUACCAAACUCUCAUUUACUGAAUUCAUAGAAGCAAAUCAUGAAAAUUUUGUAACAAAUUUGAUAUUAUAUUUAGGCAAAGCCUCACAUACUGAAUUAGUAAAGUUUCUAAUGAAUUUAGUAUCAGUAUGGGCAAAUAAAUCAUCAAUAAAACGUACAGGUGUCGAACAUCAACUGCUAAUAUGCAAAUUCAUAGUUUGUGCAGUUAAUUGCCUAAAAGAAAUUGGAUUAACUGACUAUGAAAAAUCAAAAAUCGAGAAAAACGUUCAUAGGGGCAUACAGAUGCAUUUAGAAAUUGCCAUAGAACCUAUAAGAUAUUUGGGCAUGAAAAUUGGAGAGAUUCUUACAAAACUCCUAGAAAAUCAAUCACUGGAAUUUAAUUAUGAAAAAACAAGUGCCGAUACUAAAGUGAUAAUUGCACAAUUGGAUUAUUUUAUGAAUUUAGAUUUAGUGCAACUUUAUAAACAAAAAUGUGAUUUCGACGAUAUUGAAACGUUUAUUGUAAAAUUACAUAAUAAAUCUGAAAAACAAUACAUAGCUCCAGAACGUAAAUUUCGCAUAAAACAUCAACACAAUGAAAUAGUUAUUUCAGAAUAUGUUAAACCAAAAAAUGAUAUUAUCAUAAUUGAUAAUACUUUUGAAUUAGAUUCGGAUGAUGAAUUUGAACCAUAUGAUACUGAUACUGAUAAUGAAGUAAAAAUAUUAUCCAAACAACCUCCAGCCUAUUUAAGAGAUGUUAUAACUAUUUUAGUAGAAGAUAGCGACGAUGUAGAUGCAUUUACUUUGUGUUUGGAAAAUUGCGAAAAACUAAUAAUUCAACAAUUACCAGAAAAUGAUGUCGAAAUUGGCUUGGAAAUACUAACAAUACUAAUAGCUUUAAAUAUGAAAUUUUAUAUGGAAAAUUUUGAUAAAUUAAUUUUUGAAAGUUGCGUUGCAAUAACUUGCGUUUAUCCAGCUGUUUAUGCUGAUUAUUUGUGUAAAGAAAUUCACGCUGAAGCGGGAAAAUAUUCUUUACGUCAAAAAAUCCUGAUGCUCGAUAUUUUAAGACAAGGCAGCAUAACUUUGUCUAGUCUGACUAAGCCAGUUAAUGAAAUAAAAAAAACUAAUAAAAAAGAUGUAAACUCACAUCAAGAAAUUAUUAAAAAACGUUUAGAAAGUAAAACCAGGUAUUUUCACAAACACAAAAUAGUAAAAUAUGAACAAAGAAAUAAAUUCGCCGAUGUGGCAGGUUAUUUCUUUUUUCCGCUAAUGUAUAAUCACAAUCAGCACAAACUUUCAUCAGAGAACGAUUUAAUUUUGUCAAUACACUUUAUAGAAACACUGGCAAUUAUAAUUCAAUCUGCGGAAAACUGUCCCAUAGCCCUAAAAAUGGCAAAAGAAGCCUUAUAUUUUUCUCGGUUUUUGCGUUAUCACAAGGACAUCGAAGUUAGGAUAGCAAUAUUACAUCUUAUCGUAGCAGCGGUUUUAGCAGUGCCACAAAGUAUUUUAGUAAAUGAUUUUAUGAAUGAGUUAUUUGAACUACAACUGUGGUUAGCUGAUUUAACCAAAGGGGAACCCAAUACUGAAUGUAGAAAUUUGGCUUUGUGUACCUUGGGUUUUAUUGAGAAAUUGUUGAUAGUUGAUUUGGAAAGUUUGAAAUGAGAAUCUAUUGUAAAAUGGCAAUAUUUGACAUGUAAAAAAUUUAGUAUGAGUUUCAUAAGCCUAUUAAUAAACCUAUUUUUUUUA